AUGUACGAGUAUAGGCAGAGAGUGUCCAAGGAUGUUAAUGUCAGGGAGCCACUCCGACUUUCUUUGACCAACCAUCUCAAGGCUCUUCUCAAUCCUGGGAACGCCGCGCCCCCACAGGACUAUCAAGAGAACGCUCUCAUCGAGCAGGUCAUCUCUACCGUAACCACCGACAACUUGGAACUCGGAUGUCAACUUAUUGAGAGAAUUGUCUGUGAAAGGGCAGUUAAGGAGAUAGAUGUAGUCUUCCAGCCGGCCUAUGAGGCGCGCCAGAGGCACAGGGAGAAAUACGGUCCCAGCGGUCCUCAGUUCGUGGACUCGGAGUUCUAUGAUGUUAGUGGGACCUGGCCUAACUCGCUGCCCAGCAGUUUGAGACCGAGACCAGGACCAUUGCCAGCUAGAGAGCUGAGGGUGUAUCGGGAUUUCUUGACCAAAGUGAGGCCCCCGGCCACGGGCGGUGUGCCCCCUCCAAUGAGUGGAGCGGUUCCCGCGGAUAUCCAGCGCAGGAUCGUUGGAGCUCCUCCAGGAAUGCAGCCCAGCGCCCCUCAGCCACCAGCAUUACCAUCACUGGUCCAAGUUCAAAGCAUUGUGAAGCAGCUGCAUGCACAGGCUUCGGGUGCGGUCCAUCAGCUCGAGUCGCUACCUACGGAGGGUCCUCAAGGGAAGGUAUGGCGGUUCACAAAGAUCUUACUAACCACCGGUCUGGAGGAGGUUAUCGCUCGUGCUGCUACCAACGAGAGGGUUCUGACUAUGCCCGAGAUUAGUGAUACUCAACGGCCACAGCUGGACAGUUUCUAUGCUUUGGUUGGCCUAUGCAGCCUUACCGCACCAUCAGAAGAAGCUAGUGCUCCUAGCGCUGGUCUCACUGGAUGGCAGUUGUUGUUAAAGAACCUCGAUGAGAUCCUCAAGCAUGACCCAGGCCUGGCAACUGUGGUGGUCUCUCAUGUAUUGAAAGAGAUGAACCGCAAGUUCGACCAGUUGGCCGCCAUGUACGUUGGAGUCAACGUGCUGGCUGAAAAGACUAAGACUGAUGCGGCAGCAGCAGUAGCGAUCAAACAACAGCUACAGUGGUCACAGAGUCACGUCACAGAAGCACAUGUCCGCCUGGAGAUCCACUUGGCCAUGCUUGGAGUGGUAUUGCAAACCGUUGGAGCCUCUAGUGAGGAUACCGCCUUGCGAGUAGUACAGACGCCCUUGUUGGCCUUCUGCGUUGAGCUAUUGCAUAGGAAGCUGCUAGGCCAUACUUCGGAGUAUUAUGGUCAAACUCCCUUCGCAACAACAGAGGCUCAGAGGCAGGCCCUCCAGCUGGUCCUGUGCGGGGUCAUUCGCUACUCUUUGGUGAAGGAAUCCGAAGUUGACACUAUUCUACAAAGGCUUUUGACGGAGUACAAGUCGCCACAGAACACUAUGUUUGUGGUUACCUUCCUCCAGCUGGUCCUCAACAAGAUGCGCAUAUCGACAGUUCAGAGCUGGGUGCAUUCCAUCGAGGUUAUCCAGAGAAUUGGCCUCCGCCUUAGAGAGCAGAUGCAACAUCCGGGAUCUCAUUNNNNUCCUUCAAAGCUCACGACCAAUUGUUCUUGA